CCCCGCUAGGGCCGCUCUGCCCCUGGGCAGCCCCCGCUCUAUGCCCCUGGGCGGCCGCGAGCGGCGAGCGUGGUCACGUGGGGGCGCGGCUCCCAGUCACUCUCCGGGCGGCCUGGGGCAGCGGCGGAGGCGGGAUGGAGCCUCUCCGGCGGCCGGUGGUGGUGACGGGGUUUGGCCCAUUUGGAGAACAUGCUGUUAACUCCAGCUGGAUUGCAGUUCAGGAGCUGGAGAAGCUUGGCUUGGGAGAUGGUGUGGAUCUGUAUGUAUAUGAAAUCCCAGUUGAAUACCAAACAGUACAAAGACUAAUUCCUGCAUUGUGGAAAAAACACAGUCCACAAUUGGUGGUUCAUGUGGGUGUAUCAGGUAUGGCUACAACUGUAACACUGGAAAAAUGUGGGCAUAACGUAGGAUACAAAGGCUUGGACAACUGCCGUUUCUGCCCAGGCUCUCAGUGUUGUGUAGAAGGGGGCCCAGAAUGCAUCGAUUCAAUUAUUGACAUGGAUGCAGUUUGCAAGAGAGUCUCAACAUUGGGACUUGAUGUCACAGUUACUAUAUCCAAGGAUGCUGGCAGAUAUCUCUGUGAUUUCACUUACUAUACGUCCUUAUACCAGAGCCAUGGCAGGUCUGCGUUUGUUCAUGUGCCUCCACUGGGAAAACCAUAUACUGCAGAACAGCUGGGUCGGGCACUACAGGCUAUCAUAGAAGAAAUGCUUGAUGUUUUGGAGCAUUCUGAAGGCAAAAUCAAUUGUCGCCAUGAACACUGAAGCUGGGCAAAAGUCCUACUACUGUUGCACUUCCAAAAUAUUUCCCACUACUAAGUACUGGGGGAGUAGCCUGUCUGAAAUAUACAGAAAAAGAAUCAGAGACUUCAGAAUGAAAGUUAAUUGCUGGAAGUGGAAUUCUGUGACAUUCUUUUCUUCCUGUGUGAAUUCGCUUAAGCAAGAAAGGAUUUCAAGUCUUUCUUUUAAACCAUCUGUAACAACUUAUUUCCUGAAGUGGCUGAAAAAUGUGUGCUGUGUUCUACAGAGGAUAUCUCUAAAUCAAGUGACGGCUAUUGAGCAGUCUAAUACAGUGCAAAUGAAAAGGUUUACACCUGGAAUCAGAGUUCAUGUGCAGGGAAUUGAUAAUACCACCUUCUGAUUAGAAGUCCUUAGUUUAAAAGAUUUGCUGAUUUAAAAAAAAAAAAAAUUUUUUAAUGUAAAAUUAUAGCUAUAAGCAGUUGGCAUAGAAGACGGCUUAUUUUGGGCUUAUAUUUUAAACAGUUCUUGUUUGGGAUGGGGAGUCAUUUAUAAUAGUUUUAGAGGGGCACUGAAUCUUUUUGCCAGUCCUAAAAUACCAAUGCAUUAGUGUGGACAUCUGUUAAGACUUUAAUAGUGCUGCAAACAGAAGGGGUAUAUGGUUUUGAUUUGAUGGGAAGCACUUGAGGUACAAAGAGGGGAUGGCUUUUUGUAUGUGGGAGAAACCCAACCCGCACCAAUUAUUUCCGAAAAAUUAUUUUUAUUGUGCUCUUAAUACCACCUUCCUUGCUCAGACUAACCAUAUGCCUCCUUUACGAAACACAUUGUUUCAUAUGCAUAUAAAAUAAAACAUAUAGUGGUUGGAAAAGCUUUGCUAGUGACCACUGUUUCCACAGGGGUCUCUUUUCCCAGAACCUCAAUGCUAGAGCUUACCCUGCCCCCAUACCUUAAAACCAACAUGGUACUCUUAUUGUAAAUGUUUGCUCUGUUUAGGGAUUGGAGGAAGAAUAACAUCUAGCGGCUUGUGCUCCAGCUGUCCCUUGAAGACCCUGCUGGUGUGCUCUAAAAGGUUCCCAGUGCAUGUUGACGGAAUCCUGCUUCAAUACUGAACUCAUGCACAGCAUGUUAAAGUGCUUUACAAAUAGCACCCCUAUAGAGUGCUUUAGCACGCUAUGUAGACGAGUCCUCAACUAAAUAUUAAGUUACAUGGUCUUGGUUUAUUAUAGACAUAAAUAUGCUAAAAUGUGAAUGAGAGGCAACCACGCCUCACAGCUAGCAGGCACUCAGCCCCACCCAAUGCCACCAUUGCUGCAGGCCCAGAGUUGCAAUUAUCUUGUUUACUCCUGCGCUGAGCUCUGUGUUUGUGCUUCUCCUGGGGCACCGGGAAGGAAUGACCAGAAGGUACCACGGCUUCCAUUAUUAUCUGUAUUGCCUUUGGGGCCACCAUGGGGCUCCACUGGGCUAGGUGCUGUACACAUACACACAGUGGUUCCUGCUGCAAAGAGGCUCUCCUACAGCUCUGGUUUCAAGUCCCAUGGCUCAGUUCCCAGUGAAAGUAAACCUUUAGUGGUCUACAGCCAGGAGAAAACGAGUCUCAUUCUUCACUGCCUUGCCUUUCUGGCCAUUAUCUACACCAGUGCAAACCAAUUGUGAUCUGUCUACACUAGGAAAAUCAGGACCCAGGGUUCUCUGCUGGGGUCACUCACCGCAGUGGUUGCAAACAUGCACUUUUCUGACUGGUCUGUUCGUCUCAAAACCAAUUGUAGGAGGCAUGAUGCAUUGGGGCAGAUACAUGUCCCCAUUCUAGCUGCAGCGUCCUCUUGGGCAGCAAAACUUUCCGCAUAAGAAGUGUUGUGGGCUUGGCCCCAUUCUAUCAGUUUUUAAGAAAGCCCUUCUCAUCAUGUAUAAACUGAGACUUGUAUUUUAAAAUUUCACUCCAUAGGGGCAUUUCUGGGUGGCCUCCAUGUGCCCUCUCUUUGGUGAGAUGAUUUCAUUUGUGUCAUUGAGGCUAGGUCUGAAGUGCUGCUUGCCUUGCAAACUUUCCAAAGGCAGCACUUGGCAAGAUAGGUCUAGUGUUCUAGCCAAGAUUCAAAAAGGUUUUUGAACUGGUAGUAUGUGACCUUGACUCUAAAUUGUGAUGCAAGUAAAAGGUAUGUAAUGCCACAACAAAAGUAACGGUUAAAUUGGUACUAGCUAGCAUGUUUUUUAGGGAGCCAUUUAAAUAAGAACUUAUGUGACUAGUCUAAUACUUUUACUAAAAUAGAUUUUAAACUGUUUUGAAACCUGUUUAGAAAUAUCUUACUGUUUUAAGUUCUCUAAUUAUGAACGGUUCUACUACAGUAUCUCUCAAUGAGAGCUGCCACGUUACUGCUGCUUCCCACCAGGAAGUAUAGUGACAAAGAAAAUACCACUUAACAUCUGAAUGCAUGCCAGAGGUUGGAGACUUCUGCAGUUGCGUUAAGGCCACUCUUUUGCUUGGGAAACUAGUGCAUGGAGAUCUUCAGACUGGUUUUGUGGGGAAAUAGCUCCAUGUGUUCUUCACAGCUUUUCUGAUUGAGAUAACUUGCUUUAAAAGUCUAUGUACAGUCUCUCAUGUGCAUUAGAUGCAGAGUAGCACUUUGUCAGGCUUUCAGCAGGCAGGUCAGAUCACAAUUUCCAGUUUAGUAAUUUAUUAUAUUUAAUAUUUUGUUUAAAUAUUGGUGAUUUUACUCAUUUUUGUGAAUAGUGGAGGUAAUCUUGUAGUUUUCCCUUUUUAUUGGUAAGCAGUUAUGAUCACCAAAAUGCAUCUUAACUGUUGAACCUCUUCAAAAGAGAGAAUUCAUAUAUUCCAUUAAAUAAAGCAGCUGACUUUUACAUAAUUUCUGAAACCAUUUAAUUUCCACUUAGAUUCCUGGCUAUGAACAAAAUGGAAGCAGAACUCCACAGCUGAAUGAGAGAGAAGGACCAUAGAGUUAAAACUCCAUGGGAUGGUCUCCUAAAGGGCUGCAGAUCAACAAACCCAUGUUCCUUGUAGUGCAUGUCCCCAGAAAGUCACAGACAAGGCUGCCCCUAAACAGAAACUUUUAUUGGUUCAUCUUGGCAGGUAUCUGCUUGUGUGGGCCACCUGUCUGCUGAACGUUCCUCCUAAUUCAGUAAGGGAAGUCGAGCAGCUCCGAUCCUCUGGAUCGUUGACCAGUUUUAAGUCUCAUUUUGGUCAACAUUUCCAGUUCUAAAUAGGACACUGUCAACAUCUUCCUGUUGAAUGUUCAAUUGUAACUUUUGAGUGCAGAUAGUCCUUAUGGAGUUUGCAGAUGGGCAGCCUCAGAGCCCCCUACUAAUGUUGAUACUGCACCAUGCUUGGUGGAAUCCACUCGAGUUUAGGAAUGGAUUAUAUUCUAUAAAACUGUGGAAGGAGGAGCGUCUAGUUCUGUGAACGGAGAAAGUAGGAGGGACAUGUCUUCUAGAGGAUAAAACUGCAUUCGGGAUUAGCUUGCUCAGUCAGUGGAGUCUCCUCAGCCAGGUACCCUUCCAGAAAUGCGUUUUGGGUCCCUUCCUGCAAUCCUUCUUUGAGGGGGAAAACUUCACUGAUUUCUGAGAGUGGGAGCGUGGGAUGGGAGCUCUGAAUGUCAGUGUCAAAGUUCUUAUUUCUACUAAUACGUUUCACUUUGUUGUGAGCAGUGUUUUUUAAUUGUUUGCAUUUCCUCAGUCUGCUUUUGUAAAGCUUCAUGGGAUCAGUUUUAUUUGCUAGAAAAUUAUAAUUUAUUUUAUCUUUUGUUUUGAGAAUAAGUAGUUGAUCACCUCUUUAAAGAGCUGGUGUCUCAUUUUAUUAGCCAAGUUUUGUAUAGUGAUUUUUUUUAAUUGUGACAUUAAACUCAUUUUAUUUAAAUCUGACCUAAAUUACAUACUUUUGUGGGUUUUUUGGAUGAUUUUUUUUUAAACCCAUUAACUCGUGUUCCCUAAUAUAGACCUAUUUUGUUUGGAAUUACACCAUACAAAUGGCCAAAAACUUUAGUUACUGUCUUGUGUAAUAUUUGCUGCCUGCUUCAUCCUCAAUUAUUCAUAAAUAGAACUUUGCCUGGGAGAUCCAUUGCCAGCUACAGAAUCUUUCAAACUAACAAGUCCAAUGUUGAAACCCAAAAAAUGAGGGUUACUUAAAAUUGAUACCUAUAACUAGUACACCUUAUAAAAUGUGUGAAAUUCUAUUAAGUCAUUGCAGCAUUGUCUGUUUUAACACUUUGCUGAGAAACUGGGUGAGAGAGCUUGGUGGAUUUUGUUUUAAUGAGAGAUCAGGUUUUUUGGGUGUCUUUAUGUGCUUACUCACAGCUUGGGGGAGGAAAUGAGUAAGGAGCUGGUGACACUUAUGGAUGAGACUUAGUUGCUUCAGUUAAUAAAAACUUUGGAGGAUUUUUGAGAAACUCCAAAUGUGCUCAAACUCCUUCAGGGAUUGGUAACCAUAGUAGCAGGAGAAAUUAAGCUUGAAUAAAAACAUGGUAAUGUCCAUUAUCUCUCAGGGAAGAGAAGCACUGACUGACUCUGAACUUGAAGGCUUCUCUGAAAAUAAGGACUCGGAGACAUUAUGGGUAUACUAGUAAAGACUGAUGCCCAAGGCUCAGCAGCCAUUUGUGUUUGAGUACAUUUGGAAAAGGACAGUGAUGUAUGGGGAAAAAAAGAAAAUAUCCCUGGCUCACAUUUAUGUGGAGUAUUGUCCAGCAUUGGCUGCCUCCUCUGGAAAGAUUGAAAGGUAAUGAAAAUGGUUAGAGGUAUUGAGCAGGGUUGUGGUGUGAGACUGCAAAGACUGGAAUUAUUUAGCCUGGAAAGAACAAUUUUACAAGGAGGGGACUUGGUUGAGGGGGUUCAAAAUUAUAAGACUUGGUGAAAUUAAAGGGAGUACAUUUAGAAUAAAAAAAUUUAAUACCACUUUAUGCAGCUCAGUGUUUGAAAUUCAUUGCUGCUGGUAGGCCUAGCUCUCUGGCCAGUUUCACUGGUACCAUGUAAACUAAGAAUAAUAAAAAUUAAACUGACUGCUUGCUGGCGUUGAAGGGAUUGGUUGCCAUGCAGCAUGGCGUUACAGAGUGUAGAGGGUUGUCACUCUUCCUCUGAAGCAUUGGGUAUUGGCUGCUGCCAGGAUCUGAUAGAUGAUGACUUCUCUGUAUCACCUUAAGAUUUGUACUGUAAGUGCUUGGCUUAUAAUAAGUCAAGUAGGGAACUAUAAAUUGUCCCAAAUGUAGCAUUUAGACUUCAGUGAUGUGUAUUUUUUUUAUUUUUUUUUGGUCUGCCUAAUCUUCCACGCGGUGUUAACCUCUCUGUGCCUCAGUCAACUGGCAAACAGUACCCUGGACAUGGUCGCACAGCGAAUCCAUGGUACAGCUGGGAUAAGAACCCAGGAGCUUCCAGGCCUGGGCUCUAGCUGAUAGUACAGCUUCCUGGUAUCCUUUUUUUUUUUUUUUAAUGGAAAGUUUAAAAAAAAAAUUGUAAUCUCCUAAAUGUGAUAGAACACCAAUAAUCCUCAGUGUCUGAACAUGUAAUUCAGUGAAAAGUUACACACAAGCAUAGCUAGAUAUGAACUGUAUAAAGGAAGCACUGUGCAAAGGCCUGGCUGGACCCCAAGUGGGGAAAGGUUAGGUGGGAAAGAGCGACUAAUCUGGCAGGUGACAACCUUGUGUAAAAGAGGAACUAUCCCAUGAAAUAAACUCCCAACCUGAGUGUAUUCUGUCAGCACUAGCCCAAUGAUGACCGGUGAAUCAGUUUUUUAAGUUGUAGCAUAAGUGUGUUUAAUCUUUCUAACCAUGCAUUUUUGUGAUACAGCAAAGGGAGCUCAAGAGUUAGUUGCAGUGUUUAAAAAACACCUGUUCAGGUGCAACGUAAGGGAGAGUAAUAGGCACGCUGGUGUAUAUUCAUAUAUGGAGUUCAGUUUUUCUCAGUUUUAGGAAUCCUUCUGCAACAAGGAUGUUGUAGCUGAAUUCACAAUAGCUCUAAAUCAAUUUGUUUCUCAAAUUAUGCUUCCACAAAGCAGCUUUCCUCCAAGCGCCUUUGACUGUUUCACUUCUGGUUUGUAGAAAGCCGGUUUACAGUGAAAUCCAGGGAGGUGCGGGGCUGUUUGAUAGGGCUUUCAAUUUAGCUUAUUCUGGGUUUUAUUUUCAAAAGUUUAUUGAAAAGCUUGCAUAAAAUACCCCUAAUCGCUCAUAUACACACACCCCCAAUAAAAAUCUUGUGGAGUAUUACAUUGCAUUUACCAGAAAUCCUAACGUUUUGCAGUGAAGAAAUAUCCUUUUUCCUUUCAAAACUAGUAUUUGCAGCUUGACAUAGUAAAUAACUGUCUUAUCAAUGUAAAAAUAAACCAUUUCACUGAAUCUCCACAGCAGAAACAAAGCUAUAUCCAAAAAAUUAAACCUACAGGAUACUCUUGGGCUUAAUUCCUCUCCCUAUGGAAAUAUGGAGACUGCUUCUAUUUAAAGAAAUAUUUUAAAACAAAAUGAAAUGCAAGGUGUCUUGCUGUAGACAAGAAUUAAAUAUGGGAAAUGAAAUUAUACACUGUCCUGAAGUUAAACCCUGGGCUGUUUAAAUACAGGCUCAGGUCUUGUAUUGCACCAGCUUAUUGAAAUGCCUGUAUGAACUUUGAUUAAACAGUGAGUGCCUUUUCUUGGGCUUUGCUCCCUGGGGAUGCAGCCUGUUGGUGCGUGGGGACAGAUGAGCCAUUUGCACGUGGGUGCAGAGGAAAGAGGCAAGAUUGGACACCUGUAACUAGGAGAAACCACUGACCACCUGUCUGUGUCCCCUUUAUCUGAGUACAUUCUGUAGAAGUUCUGCAUUGACCUGGGAAGGUCUUAGGAACUCAGAACACAUCCAGCCCUAGGAAGGGAGAGCAGACUACAUGCUAUAAGUGCACUUACAUGCACAACAUUCUUGCUGUUCACUGGUCUUCAGCAGACUGGCUGAAUUAUUGGUCAGACUUCUUGUCCAAAUGCUCUUGUUUAUGCAUUUUGCAGCAUCACUCAGCCUUUCAAGAUUGGCACUUUUGAACCUUCUCUGUUUAGUUGUGAUCAGAUAACUCUCUCUCCCCCCCUUCCCCGCAAGUCUCAUCCCCAAGUGUGCUUAUCAGAACUAUUGUAACUACAGUUAUACAUUGUUGGGGCUUCUGUUUUUUCUCAAGUACUUUCUUGCAGUGCCUUGUAAAACCAAACAAUCCAGUGUGUCACAAAAGGGCUGUAUUGUAAUGACCAACAGUAACACACUUUCAGCUUGCCAUUGCUAGACUGGACUCUGUAACUGAAAACUUAAAACUGAUAUUUCAAAAGUAAAUAAAAUGAGUUAAUUCUU